AAGCUUCAGUCCUGUUCCACAGAUCAUAUCCCUGCAGAGUUUAUUCUACAUUUGGUCCAGCCAGGCUCUUGACAGCACCCCUACUGGUCUGGAUUAAACCCGUGACUUGCCGUUCUCAGAGCCUCAGCAGAGUCUAGACCUCUGGAUAGCGGGCUGCCGUGAACCUGCACCAUCUCUCUCUGAAAGCUGACAACUUAAACCAGCAGCAGGAAUCCCAUGCCAUGAUGAAUCGAACGUGAAAGGAUCCGUGCCACCCGUUUGUCCUCCGGAGCAGUUUGGUGAUGGUGAACAAGUGUUUCCUGAGGACCUGAUUGAAGACUGGAUGUGGUUGUAACUAUGGUUACAUCAGGGUUGGGGGCAUGGGUCCUCUCCCCCUGUGGCCUCGUGCUGGUCAUCUGUUCGUCUGUGUGUCUGUCCCAGCCGCCUCACAUCAAACCAGCAGAGUGUCUUAGAAAGGAACAUCCUGUUGUCUCUUACCAAGCAUUGAGGCCAGGGAUGUCAGAAUUCUCUCAUCCAGGAGUGAAGGAUUUCUCCCAGCUGGCACUGGACCUAAGCAGAAACCAGCUCAUUGUGGGAGCAAGAAACUUCCUCUUCAGACUGACGUUAAGCAACGCCUCGCUCAUACAGGCAACAGAAUGGGCACCCGAUGAAGACACAAAACGCUCAUGUCAGAGCAAGGGGAAGUCUGAGGAGGAGUGCCAAAACUACAUCCGGGUUUUGUUGAUAAGCGGGACAACACUCUUCACGUGUGGGACCAAUGCUUUCACCCCAGUCUGCGUAACCAGGCAGAUUGGUAACAUCAGUCAGGUGUUGGACACAGUGAACGGUGUUGCCAGAUGUCCCUAUGACCCGCGCCACAACUCCACCGCCAUGGUAACAGAGAGGGGCGAGUUGUAUGCUGCUACGGUGAUUGACUUCUCAGGACGUGACCCCGUCAUCUACAGGAGCCUGGGCAACAUGCUGCCACUGCGCACCGCCCAGUACAACUCUAAAUGGCUCAACGAGCCUCAUUUUGUGUCUGUUUACGAGAUUGGUCGGUUUGCCUACUUCUUCCUGAGAGAAACCGCAGUUGAAAACGAUUGUGGGAAGAUAGUGUUCUCUCGCGUGGCCCGGGUCUGUAAGAACGAUAUGGGUGGACGUUUCCUUUUGGAGGACACCUGGACCACCUUUAUGAAGGCCCGUCUCAACUGCUCACGCUCAGGAGAAAUCCCCUUUUACUACAACGAGCUGCAGAGCACCUUUUACUUACCAGAGCAGGACCUGAUCUAUGGAAUCUUUACCACUAAUGUGAACAGUAUAUCAGCUUCUGCUGUCUGUGCCUUCAAUCUGAGCUCCAUCACCCAGGCCUUCAAUGGACCCUUUCGCUACCAAGAGAACCCCCGCACUGCCUGGCUCUCCACCCCAAACCCCAUACCCAAUUUUCAGUGUGGCACACUGGAGGAGGGAGGCCCCGGUGGGAACCUUACAGAGCGCAGCCUCCAGGAUGCCCAGCGACUCUUCCUCAUGAAUGAUGUGGUCCAGCCAAUCACCACCAACCCUCUGCUGACCCAGGACAACUUGCGCUUCUCCAAGCUGGUGGUGGACAUCGUGCAGGGCCGAGACACCCUCUACCAUGUCAUGUACAUCGGCACCGAAUACGGCACCAUCCUAAAGGCUCUCUCCACAACCAACAAAAGCCUUCAAGGCUGCUACCUGGAGGAGCUCAGGCUCCUCCCUCAAGGGCAUAUCGGACCAAUCAAGAGUCUCCAAAUCCUCCACAGUGACAGAUCUUUGAUUGUUGGGCUUGAUGACAGGCUGGUGAAGAUCCCGUUGGAGCGCUGCUCCAGCCAUCCAACUGAAAGUCAUUGCAUGGAAGCUCGGGACCCUUAUUGCGGCUGGGAUCACAAGCAGAAGCGCUGCACCACCAUCGAGGAGAGCUCCAACAUGAACCAGUGGACUCAAAACAUUACUGAGUGCCCAGUGAGGAACCUGACACAGGAUGGCGGUUUUGGUCCAUGGGCGCCAUGGCAACCUUGUAACCACGAUGACGGCGAGGGCUCCAUCAGCAGCUGUGUGUGUAGGUCCCGCUCUUGUGAUGGACCUUUAGCCCAAUGUGGUGGGGUUGAAUGUAAAGGCGCAACUAUCCAGGUGGCAAACUGUUCCAGGAAUGGCGGCUGGACUCCCUGGUCCUCAUGGGGCAAGUGCAGCAGCAGUUGUGGUAUUGGAUUUGAAGUGAGGCAGCGAUCCUGCAACAACCCCUCGCCUCGCCACGGUGGUCGAAUCUGUGUUGGCCAGGGUCGAGAGGAGAGGCUGUGCAAUGAGAAAAAGCCCUGUCCCCUGCCUGUGUUGUGGACAGCUUGGGGCCCCUGGGCACACUGCAGUGCUGAGUGUGGAGGGGGGGUCCACUCCAGGACCAGAACCUGUGAGAAUGGCAACAGCUGUCCUGGAUGUUCCAUGGAGUAUAAGGCCUGUAAUCUGGAGGCCUGCCCUGAAGUGCGGCGCAACACCCCCUGGACCCCCUGGAUGCCAGUCAAUGUCAGUCAAGAUGGGUCAAGGCAAGAGCAGAGAUUCAGGUACACCUGCCGGGUGCUUCUCCCUGACCCCCAGCAGCUCCAGCUGGGCAAGAAGAAGAUGGAGACCCGGUUCUGUCCCAAUGACGGGUCUGGAGCCUGCCAGACUGACUCUCUAGUUGAAGACUUGGUGAAGACCAGUGGGCAAACUCUGUCCCAGCCCCAAGGUGUGCGCUGGGGUUCGUGGGAAACAUGGUCCAGCUGUUCUCAGCAGUGUUCCAGAGGCUUCCGAACCCGGAAACGUAGUUGCUCAAUAGCAGAGGGUAGGACAAACCCCAACACCUGCGUAGGAUCCCCGGUGGAGUAUCAGGAUUGCAACACUCAACCGUGCCCAGUGAGUGGGGCCUGGUCUUGCUGGUCCUCCUGGUCCCAGUGCUCGGCCAGCUGUGGGGGCGGACACUACCAACGGACUCGAACGUGCAGCAACCCCCCCCCUGCCAGUGGAGGAGACAUCUGUAUAGGCCUUCACACUGAAGAGGCGCUUUGUAAUACACAUGCCUGUGAAGAUUGGGGUGAAUGGACAGAUUGGGGGGACUGUGAUGACGAGGGUCUGCAGCAUCGCACUCGUCGCUGUGGCGAAGACCAGGAGGCUGAAGCCACUCUCUGCCAGGGCAACGUCACCCAGUCCAGGCCUUGCCAGCCUCACGAGGUUCCAGUUAUUUUACCCGGACUGGAGGACCAGAGCUGUGGAACCUUUACUUUGUUCCAGUUAGUAGCCGUGGGCUCAGCCAGUUUCUUUGCAGCAGCUUUGCUGUCAGCACUGGCCUACACCUACUGCCAUCAACUUAACCGGCCAUCAGCAGAGUCAGCAGUUAUCCACCCCAGCACCCCCAACCACCUCACCUACAACAAGCAGGGCAACGCCACGCCAAAGAAUGAGAAGUACAUCCCCAUGGAGUUUAAGACGCUAAACAAGAACAAUCUCCACGUAAACGAUGAGACGUGCAACCACUUUCCCUCCCCGCUGCCAUCCGGCAAUAUGUUCACCACCACCUACUACCCGCCCAGCCUGAGCAAGUACGACUUCCAUCCGGACUCCCCCUGCAGGACCUACAUGCACAGCUGAGAGGAGGCCAGGCUCUGAAAACAAAACCGACCCUCUUUACUCACCCGUACACCACCAUGAAGCGUUUCCUAGUUCAAAAAGUACACCAAGAUUUGAUCAACAUUCUCAUGUUCCAGUCAAAUUUGUAGAUCUGUCAGUGAGAUCUUACAGGCUCGGUUCACUCGGUACACUUUUGUGAUAUCUUGGCAGAUGUAGAUAGUUUUGGUUUUAUUGGCCCAGGUGUUGAUAUCCCUGAAUUUAGUUUAUAGUGCCAACAGAGACUCUUUCCACAAACAGUAUUUCCUCUACAUCAUGCACAUUUAUUACAUAAUGUGCCUAUUUUCAUGUAUGAGUUGCUACUGCAUGCAUAGAAGUUUAAGGCUAAUAGCAUGCAUCAGGUGCACCGUAUAUUAGGGGUGGAAAUCACUUACUUAUGCCAAGGUACGAUAUUAUUGUGAUUUUAAACAUAUUGCAAUAUUCUGCGAUGUAUUGCAAUUUAUAACCUUUUUUCCAACUUCUAACUUUUCCCAAUUUCAAAUGAUGUCCUCAAAAGAAAACUUUGUCAACAUCUGUUUUAUCUAAAAAGAUACGUUUCUCUGAUUGUUCAUAUUACUUCACUUUUAUUAGUGCAAAAUGGGAUUGUCCAGCAGACAAACUGACCAACACAUACAGUAUGUAAUGAAAGAUACUUUGCGCCUGUGUAUCGAUACAGUAUUGCCACUGAAAGUAUUGCGUUAUUAUGCUGUAUCAAUUCCCCCCACCCCUACUGUAUAUAACGAGUGUACUGUCUUAUGGCCCUUGCAGGAUUUGUCAUUGCAUGUUAUCAGUUACACAGGCUUAAAUAUUCAGAAACAUUAGUGCUGAUAUGGCCGCACCUUGAGUGUCCUUUUUAGUUUUGGACAUAGGAGUUUUUCAAGUACCUGUAUUUUCACAGCUGGAAAACCCAAAUUUUGGGAUGCAUCUGUGUGCAAGCCACAAUGACACCUGAAGAGGUACACCCUUUGUUCUUUAAAUGAAGCCAGCACCUACAGUAUAGCUGCUCCCUUCCUCUUACUUCACCCACCCUGAGGUGCACUGUUUGUGGCAGUGUGAGAGCAGGGUAUGACCCAGAGCUCCAGGCAUUCAGGUAGACUUCCUGGACAAUGUAUAGACCUGGAUUUCUACCAGACUGAGAAGAGACCCAUCUACUGGUUUUUAUUUUGGGGGAUUUUCCCUUUCCUCAUUUUCAGCAGGUGGGUUUGAAGGACUCAAUAAUACUGUACAAUAUUUUUGCUUGGACAUAUUGCCAUCGGUAAAGACAAAUGAUGGGUUGUGACAAACAUCCCCACAAUUCAUCCUUCACUUUGUGUGAAUGAAGCAAAGAAAUUAAGAGACUUAAUAUUUCAAGCUCAUUUUCUUUAUUGUUAAUGUUUAGCCAAAUCCACAACUGAAAACAAUAUUAUGAGGACACUUCUGACACACCUCACUAUGUACUGUACAUUGUUAAAAUUGUUGGUUGACUUUUCUGUCAGCAGAUUGUAUGAAUUAUUUUAAGUGUAUUCACAGAUGUUACUGUUUGAAUUUUUAUCUCCUGAAAGAAAAUUAUUUGAUUUUGUAGGGCAUUUUUUUGGUCAGUCACACUCAUAUUUUCUGGAUGUUAUUGCAUUAAGGUUAUUGUUAAAACAUCACCAGAUAUAAACCUGUAUUUUUCAGAGCCUCUCACCAGAGCAUGAACACACCAUAAAUCAGCCAAAAACGUCAGCUGCAGCGCCAUGCAACAAAAAGGUAACUCCACAAUGUGUAUAACUGGGAAAGAUUAACUUGGUCAAGCAGGUUUCAAGUCUCUGCAUUUUGUUUUUACAGUGUACUGAAAUGAUCAGAAAACUAUGGCUGCCCAAAGGCAAGAAAAACAUCUAUAAGACUUUUGUAUGUAGAAAACAUUUGGCAGCAAUGUAAUAAGUUAUAAUUUUGAGAUUUUCUAAAAUGCACUGUUUUUGUCAAUUAAGGAAAGGAUGGUGGACUAUAACUAUUUGUAUUCUUUCAUUUCUAAAUACAAAUAAUGUGCAAAUGUGGAGAAAAACAUCAUAUGGCUCUCACAGUCCAAAAACAUGAAGGUUAGGUGAGCUAGUUACUCUAAAUGGUGACUGCCUGUCUAUAUGUGUUGUGUAUAAGGUAACAUUACUGGUGCUUGUAUAAAUAUGUUAUUCACAUUUCUGGGGAUUAUGAAGGCAUUAGGCUUGCAAAUGUUUGCUCCCCUGGUACAAAUUCAGUAAUGCCUUCUUUUAGAGGUCAGUAAUUUCAGAAGAAUUUCCAAGAAGAAUCCUGAAAAAACAAACAUUGUUAUUUAGAACAAAUUAUAGGGAAAUGUAUUAGAUUGACAUGGUUCAUUUAAAGCAUGCAAAGCCUUCUUUACAGGAAACUUCUUGGAAAUGAUUCUUAAAUUGCUGACGUAAUGAAACAAUUACGCAAGCUCUAAUGCUGAAAUAGCCUAAAGUAGUAGGCUAAAUAAAACAGGACAGUAUAUUUAAGUUACUUCAUGCUAUGAAAUGUGUAUGGCAUAUCUUGUGUUUCUAAAUUGUAAAUACCAAGAAAUGGAUUCAGGUGUUUCUCACCAAUCGUGUGAUGUAGCAUGAAACAAACAGCCCUGAUAAUAUGUGUUCACGUUUGGGUGCUUGCGUACAAGUGGCUGCAUGCACUGACACUCUUACAUGAAUAUACAUAUAAUGUACAUGAUUGUGUAAAUUGUACAAGUAUAAGUAUUUGGCCUAGACAAUGGAAAUAUUCAUUUUCAAUGGGGCAUCCUCAUCUGUGCUGUGACAGAAAAGGUUUUGGAUUUAACAACCAUUGUCAACGGAUACCUAAAUGGAUUUGACAUGCUCCCAAAAUACACAAUACAAAACAUUAUAAUAUGAUUAAUGUGUAUUUGACUCAACACUGCCUUUUGGACACUGUGAUCUUUUGGUACUCUAUAUUUUUGUAUAAUGUGUACACUGUAAAAAAUAGGGGAAAAAAAAUGAAUAAAUCAAUUUUGGUGCCAAAA